CAGUCCAGUCAAAGCUCCAGUUGAGGCACUGACUGGCAAGUCGCUCCUGCCAUGGCUGCCACAGAGGAGCAAAACCUGGUCCUAGGUGGCCAGGACAAAGCUGGUGAUGGGGCAGGCCAGGACCCCAGGCCCCUCGGGGUCCGGGGGUCACCUUCAGAAGGGAAGGGCGGAGUCGAGGAGGGUGCGGCCUUCCUGCCUCCCGGAGAGGUUUCCAGAGCCCUUCCUGAAGAGGAGGAUGGGCAGGAGGCCACCUGGGCCGCAGAAGAGAGCUGGGUUGUAAAGCUGCUAGAAGAGGAGGAAGAGGAGGAAGAGGAAGAAGACAAGGAGGAAGACGAAGAUGAGGACGGGGACGAAGACGACGAAGAAGAGGACUUCGAGUUCGAGUUUGGGGACGAGGACGACUAUGAUUACCCAUCUCAAGAUUUCGAAUUUGAGUUUGGGGACCAGGAGGGGUCUGAAUAUGAGUCGGAAGAGCAGGACGAAAACCAGGAAGACAGUCAGGAGGAAGAGGAAGAGACUGAAGAGGAGGAGGAAGACAGCAAUGGCCAAGAGGGCCCACAAGUCCUCCCUGCGGGUGCUCCCGAGCCCCCCGUGGCACAGUUUCGGCCCCUCUUCAGGACUCUGGUCCAUUUUCUUCUACACCGUAUCCAUGAUAACGACCAUGUCCUGGUUGGGCCCCACGAAGGCCGCGUGGUGGUCAGCAGCCACUCCCGGGAAUCCCAGGACCCUGGAGAGGGACCAGCACCCCAGGAUCAGGAGAACCCGAGAGAGGAAGCAGAGGUCGGGGUGGGUGAGUCCCUGGCAGAGGGCACCUCGCCGCUGGGGCCGCAGGAACCAAAAGAGGGGGCUGCAUCCCAAAAGGCCGGGGAACCUGCAGCAGAGGCCCAGGUCAAAGAAAACGAGGCCCUGGGUGAUGCCUCUGAGUUCUGGGAGGCUGGAGCCUGUGCACCCGCCAAGGUCCAGGUUGGCGAGUGGCCGUCAAGUCCUCAGGCCCUUGCAGCUCCCGUUGGGGCACCCAGCUCAAAGGCAGGCAGUGCUCAGCACUUCCCUUUAGCGGUGAAGCAGCGGGUCCUCGCUCUCAAAAACCUUCAGGCCCAAUAUGCGCAAGUAGAAGCUCAGUUCUAUAAAGAUCUCCACGAUCUUGAGAAAAAGUAUGCUGCCUUCUACCAACCUCUGUCUGAUAAGAGAUCGGAGAUCAUCAAUGCAAUCCAUGAGCCCACAGAAGGCGAACGUCAGUGGCAAGUAGGUGUUCAGGAAGGCGGGGCGGGGGAAAUGGAAAGAGAGCCUGAAGGAAAAGGGCAAGCAGAUGGCAUACCUCACUUUUGGUUGAUGGCUUUUAAAAAUGUGAAGAUGCUUGGUAGGAUGAUCCGAAGAAAUGAUGAGCUUGUACUACAACACUUGGAAGAUGUAAAAAUUAAAUUUUCAGAAGUUGAGGAACCAAUGAGCUUCACCAUAGAAUUUAUCUUUAAGUCAAACGAAUACUUUUUCAACAAAGUCCUGACGAAAACAUACCGAGUGCGAUCAGACCCAGAUGAUUCUGACCCCUUCUUCUCCAAAGGGCCAGAAAUUAUCGGUAGCACAGGGUGUGAGAUCUACUGGAAAGAGGGGAAAAAUGUCACCGUGAAAACUACCAAGCUGCGGAAGUGUGAGGGCCGAAGAAGUGUAUCAACCACUAGGAAGAUGCCCAGCUGUUCCUUCUUCACCUACUUCUAUCCUCCUGAUUAUCCUGAGGGCAGAGUACUGGAUGUGGCCACCGAUUAUAAAUUGGGCUAUUUUUUCCGUGAAGUUCUGGUCCCGAAGUCCGUAUUAUUCUUCACUAAUGAAGCCAGUGGGUAUAAAUAUGAAAGCUCUGAUGAUGAGGUCCAAGAAGCUGGAGGCGAGGAAAAGAAAGGAGAAGUGAUGAGAAGUGAAGAACCUGAAAAAGGACCUGAAAAAGAUCUGGACCCAGAAGAGAGCAAUCCCUGAGAACCCAGGGGACAAUGAAAAGAAAAAAGAAACAAUGGUCAUGUUUGAAGGCAUAGAAAGGCAUGAACGAAGGAAGCCACAAUGAGUUUGUUCUACAAUGAAUUGAGAUUUUCUGGUUUUAAGUUGUCCAUGGAAAUUUUAUCACCACUGGUUUUGUUCCAAUGUUUAUCACUAAACAAGCGAUGUCACUUUUUUUUUUUUACACCUUUGAGAGAUAUGACAACAUUUGUUCAAAUUAAAAAUGAAAGCCUGUUUAAAAUGAAUAAGCUGCAGGGUUUUAGAUAUAGAACACUGACUCAAACCUAUCUUUGUAUCUUUUUGUUUUGACCCACCUUACUAUUACUGAAAGGAAUCACUUUCAACCAUUUGGUAAGCCUGUUUUAAGUUCUUUUAUUGCAUCCUCAAAUUAAUUACAAAAUUAUAAAGAAUUUAUAUAAAGAAAGAUGAAGGCUGUCCCUACUGCAUGUUUUUGAAGUACCUGAUGGAUGACCUAGCUUACCUAGAGACAAGAUGGUGCUGGGUUGUACUGGGCUGGUGUGGACCGGCAACAUCAGCAUCACUCGGGAACUUUUUAGAAAUGCAAAUUCUCAGGCCCCACUCCAUACCUACUGACUUGGUAAUCCUGAUGCUGGGCCGGCAGUCCCAGUGUUGCAAGUCCACCCAGGUGGUACCGAAUCUCAGUAAUGUUUGAGAACCACACAUUUCAAGCAAUGAAUGAGGGGAAACCUCAAGCUUCACCUGUGGUAGGAGCAGCAUUAAUUCACUGAUGUGAGGAUGUUUCAGGUAGACAGUAAGGACUGACCGAGCUGGGGAUGAGACUGGAAUUCUUAAGGGCCUGGGACACACAGAAAGACCUCCUAGAAGGACAAACUUUGGGUGGUGGUAUUUCAAAAUAAUGGAUAAGGGAACAAGCUCAUUCCAGAAGGAUAGAAACAUUAUGACACUAUGUAUAUGAAUUUUCAAAACAUGCAAAACAAACAUACUUAUUAUGGAUACAUAUAUAUGUGGUAAAAGGCAUGCACUGGAGCAAUGCAUGCAUAUGUAGCAUGCAGAGAGGCAUGUAAUGGAACAAAAAAGAGCUUUCUAGGAGAGUGGUUAUGUAUUGUGUAGAGGGAGAGAGGAGAAUUCAAAUGGGGAGGGGCCAUCUUAGUUUCCUCCUGUCAUAACAAAGUACACAAAGUGGGGGGCUUCGAACAGAAAUCUAUACCCUCACACCCUGGGGGCUGAUUCUGGCAGUUCUCUAGUUCUGAAGUUCUGAUUUCAGGUGAAAACAGGUUGAGGACACAGCCACGCUUCCUUUGAAGGUCCAGGAGAGACUACCCCUUGCCUCUUCCAGACUCUGGUGGUUCCUGGAACCCCUUGGCUUGUGGCACCAUAACUCCAAUCUCUGCCUCCGUUUUCAUAUGACCUUCCCUGUGUGUCGGUAACUCAAUCCUCCCUCUCCUUUGUCUUGCACUCACAUUAAUCAUUGGGUUUAGUCUCACCCUUAAUCCAAGAUGAUCUCAUCUUGUGUCCCUUAACCUGCUUAUAUUUGCAAAGACCCCCCUUUUUAAAUAAGGUCACAGUUACAAGGAACAGAUAAUUAGGACUUGAAAAUCUCUUUUUGGAAGAUGCAGUUUAACGCACUAUAGGCUCACAGUGGGAUUCAACUGUAUUAGUAAUGUAUUU